AUGUUGGAACAAUGUUUCGUGGAAAAGAAAAUGCUCUCAAUCCCAACUGGUUACACUUACCAGUUGGAUACCAUGGACGAGCAUCAUCUGUUGUCAUCUCGGGAACAGAUAUUCGUCGACCAAACGGGCAAACAUGCCCUGACGAAACAAAACCACCCGUAUUUAACUCAACAAGAGCCAAGUGCAUUAAAUAUUGAUUUACAAGUGACAUUGAAACCGGCGAAAUCAUCCACGGAACAUACAAUUUGCCAAUCUAAUUUGAAGUAUAUCUAUUGGAGUUUGAAGCAAAUGCUUGUCCAUCAUUCAAGCACAGGUUGUAACCUACGUCCGGGUGAUCUGAUUGGAACAGGUACGAUUAGUGGUCCAACGCCUGAUUCAUGUGGCUCAUUACUUGAAAUCAUAUGGCGUGGAACCAAACCCCUACAGUUGGAUGAGAAUACAACGCGAAAGUUUCUCGAAGACGGUGAUACUAUCAAAAUGACUUCCGUUUUCAUUGAUUGUCGUGUAGAAGAAAAGCUAAAUAAAGAUUGUAGCUGUGAUUGUUUUUGA